AUGGCUUUUGCUUCUCCUUUAAUUUCGAUUUCACAUCCUUUGGUGGGUUAUGAGACUAAUUGUAUCGACAUAAGCUCGCUUUCAUCUUUUUCAUCUUCGGAAUCUAAGAUAAAGGAUAAUCCUUCUCAUAUGGUGGAUCAUCGUUCGGUUGGCACGAUUUGCUCUUUUGAGGUUGUCUCUCAUCGGUCUAAGACUAGUUUAGGUGGUGAGAAAUGCGUUGAUAAGGAUUUAAACCAUGUUCACUCCUAUGGUAAUAGGUUUGACAUUCUAAGCAUAAUAGAGCCUACUCCACACUUGGGUACUCGAUUUUUUGAUGACACAAUUUUGAGUGAGAAAGUAGGGGGUGAUUUUAAUAUCAUCAUUAAGAUUUCAAAAAAGGCGAAGGAACCAUCCAAUGCUUGGGCCAUAUGUGAUUUCAAUUAUUUUAUUCAAGGAAAUGUUUUAUUGGAUGUUGGGUUCUCAAGUAACUCUUUUAUCCGGUGA